CACGUGACCAUUUAAUGUCAUUUGUCCUGUGGUUUAGAUUCUUUAUUGGAACGUUUAUUAUUAUUUUUUUCAAUUAAAAAAAAAAUUCAUUUGUGUCUCGACAAUCGAUAAAGUCUUUUGUAUCGUCUGUUAUUUGCAUACAAACCAACUGUUUAUCGUGGCGAUAGUCCGCAACAGAUUAAAAGCUGGAGUCACGCGUCCAUUUGUUCUGUGAACUGGCGAUAGUGAGUACCAUUGCGUGUGAAGAUGAGGAUUGAAAAUAUGUUGACGUGAAUAAGUAUAUAGUUCGCUCGUCCCUUACCAAUCGAUCGGCGCGCCAGAUGUCCAGGCCCACCUCGACAACGUAGAGACGGCUCCAUUGGGCGACCCGAGCUUGGGAGCGCGCCAUGUCAGGGAGAGGAAACACCAACGAGAAGAGAGGCCGGAUCAAAGACCGCGAAGCGGUGCAAAACGGCGGUCGCACUAACAAAUUCCUCUCGCCCGACAAACCCCAACAUGAGACGACGACCCCGGGACUUCACGGGCUGCACGCGCAGAGCUCCACGGAGACCAGCGGGUUGGGGGAGACGAUGACGUCAGGGUUUUCGUCACAGGAGAGCGUCAACAGCGGUCAGGGUUCAACAGCGAAAGCUCGCGAUCAUGGCGGAUACAGCAUCAGUCCUGAGGAGGCACGCGCAACCCGUGAGAAGGUAAACAGUAGAUCACGUGACAGAGUGAACGGCACGGCUUCCGGUAUGAAGUCGGACCACAAGAAACACGGAGAGUCGACUGGUUCCAGUCAUCAUCACCAUCAUCAACAACAACAUCAACAACAACAACACAAUCAUCAUCACAACAACAACAAUAAUAAUAAUAGUGGUGGUAGUGGUAGUAAGCACGUCGGAGAUGUUUCCAACAACUACGAUCAACUUUUCACCCGCGAUCGCCGGAACUCCCUGUCACCCUGCGUGGGCCUCCAUGUGGAGAACAUUGACGACGAGUGGGACAAACGCAGCUACGAAGAAUGGGAGCGACACAGCAGCAAGGGCAGACGCAACUCGGCCAGGUCCUCCCAGGGCGGGUCCCUCAAAUCCAAGUCCUCCCGCAGGGGAUCUCUGUUCUUCGGAAUCGGGGGCGAGUCUGCAUGGAUGAAGUGGUCGCGCGAGCGCCGGGCGUCGUUCCAACGCCGGAUCGAGAUGUUGGCGAACGCGGAGAAGGCUAAACAACGGACGUCGACGCCAGUCAAGAAAGCGCGGCAGGAGGGGCUAAAAUUUAUGCACCCGGACCUGGAGGCGAAGUAUUUGUCCGAGGACGACAUCAACGAACUUCGCAGACACCAGCAGGAGAAGUUCAGGACUUACAAGGUGAUCGAGAAGGGCAAGAAGCAGCACAAGGAUCCUUUCAAGUCAGAGGUCAAGCUGACCCUGAAUCAGUGGCACGUGCUCAACGACUUCUGGGAUCACGACGUGUUCGUGCGGCUGCGGUGGCUGGGUCUGUUCAUGAGUCUGCUCACGCUCGUGUUCCUGGCGGUGAGCAUCACCAAUACUUACUGGCUGACGUACGAGACCGGCACCAGGAGUGAUAUGGAUAGGAGAGUGGUGUUUGAGGGAGUGAUGGAUAGGGGUGUCGUGUUUGAGGGAGUAAUGGAUAGGGGUGUGGUGUUUGAGGGAGUAAUGGAUAGGGGUGUGGUGUUUGAGGGAGUGAUGGAUAGGGGUGUGGUGUUUGAGGGAGUGAUGGAUAGGGGUGUGGUGUUUGAGGGAGUGAUGGGUAGGGGUGUCGUGUUUGAGGGAGUGAUGGAUAGGGGUGUGGUGUUUGAGGGAGUGAUGGAUAGGGGUAUAGUGUUUGAGGGAGUGAUGGAUAGGGGUGUGGUGUUUGAGGGAAUGAUGGGUAGGGGUGUCGUGUUUGAGGGAGUGAUGGAUAGGGGUGUGGUGUUUGAGGGAGUGAUGGAUAGGUGUGUGGUGUUUGAGGGAGUGAUGGAUAGGGGUGUGGUGUUUGAGGGAGUGAUGGAUAGGGGUAUAGUGUUUGAGGGAGUGAUGGAUAGGGGUGUGGCGUUUGAGGGGGUGAUGGAUAGGGGUGUGACGUUUGAGCUAGUGAGGGAUAGGGGUGUGGCGUUUGAGGGAGUGAUGGAUACGGGUGUGGUGUUUGAGGGAGUGAUGGAUAGGGGUGUGGUGUUUGAGGGAGUGAUGGAUAGGGGUGUGGUGUUUGAGGGAAUGAUGGGGAAGGAUGCCAUGUUUGAGGGAGAGACUGAUUUUUUGGGUCUGAAAAUGAAAAAUUUUCUCAAAUUCAAAACUGGACAAAAUAGUUCGGAUCUGCGCAAAUUUGGGGAGGAUUACUACCUCAGGGAAGCGAAAUUAUGGCGACCGUUUCGUCUGUUCGGAGUGUUCGCGACCAUCUCUGCCAUGGCUUUUAUUCUCACCGCCAUCAUGAACGCACACUGGUUGGCGGGAAAAGGCUUCAGCGCCGGAAUUUGGGCCAACUGCUACCAAAACCUGUCUGACCCGGAAGCAGUUGCUUUGUGUCCUGAGAAAAAGCCACAUUGGCAAAACGCUGUGAUUGGACUGAUGCUGUUCGCUGCUACGUUUGGCUUCGUAGCAUCCAUGCUGUCUAUCUGCGGAGUGUGUACCAGUCCAUUACCCAGAAAGAUUUACUACUUCCAUUCCGCGGGGGAGAUAUUCCUCGUUUGUGCUUUGAGCACGGGUGUUGCCUUGAUUAUAUUCCCGAUCGCCAUCGAGUUGGACGGCCAGAUUCUCUCUCACCGAUACGGCAUCGGCUACGGCCUCGGCUGGGGCGGGGCCUUCUUUUUUCUCGCAGCCGCAGUGUGCAUGACGCUGGACGAAUUAGUGCGCGAGUCGGCCAGGACUCGCUGCUUUCGCUGGUGCUGGAAAGGAAAAGAAUCCAAUAGGACAGAGCUUCGGCAGGUCUGACGUCGGCUUCGGUAAGUCUGACGUCGGCUUCGGCAAGGCUGACGUCGGCUUAGGCAAUUCUAACAUCGGCUUCGGCAAUUCUGGCUUCGGCAGUGCUGAUGUUGGUUUCGGCAUUGAGUGUGUGUUUUCUGGAGGCACGGUCGUACCUAGCCUGAAAUAACAGGGGAGACAGUAAACAAAAACAAAUCAUGUCUUGCUAAUCAUGAAAAACUUGUUAGGCUCUUUUAAGCUGAAAAGGGAAGCUUAUUCAUAUGUUCUGCCUCCCCACCUCCACCGCCUGUGUGUUAUAGCCCUGACUGAGUGUGUGUUUUCUGAAACUAGAAUGUCUAGGAAGUAGGGCCGUGCCUAUCGUACAAUAAGCAGAGGCGGCAGUUUUAAAAACCCCAGUCAUGGUACAGUAUUACCAAAGCCAUCUUCAUCUGGACUAUAAGGGACUACAAGGACACAUUCUAAACCAAAAAGGGCCCUUUUUCAAUUUUUCUAGAACCAGCUGAAAUUGACGUAGCCAGAAUUUUAUGGGGGGGGGGGGGCACUUAGACUGUCUGCGAGUCGUGUUAUAGACGACAAGCAAAAGAAAAGAGGUAGCGGGAAAUAACGAGGUUUUAUUGGAAUGACAUAGCCCCCCCCCCCCCCCCCCCCAAUUGACCGCCUCUGGCUACGCCAAUACCAGGCUUCCCUCCCCCACCACACUGCUUCCCCUCUGCUGGGUACUGCCCUUAUUGAGCGCGUGUUUUCCUGAAACAAGACGACGUCGUGGAAGAUGUUUUGACGUCCAUGUGUCCGGCGUUUUGAAAGCGCCGUUUGUACUGUUGUACGUUGUGAUUUUUAAAAGAUUCUAACAGUUGUUAUUUUUUACAUUUUUAAAAUGUUUUUACCACAAUCGAUUACUAAUGUUGACGUUGUGAUUUUUAUUAUGCUCAAGGACGUCGUUGUAGCCGCUGGUUGACCACGCCUCGUCCUAAUAUUACUCAGCAGGAUGCCAUUGUUUGCAUUUUAAUUACAUAGGCUUCGGGAGAUACCAGCAACUGGGGGGCAGCUAUCAUAUUAAUUUGAAUUUCAGCUGGGGGAGGGGCAAUAUAUUAUAAUUAUAGUGGGGGAUAGGGGACACUUUCCCUCUGCGCUUCCGACGCCUAUGGAUUAUGAACCAAUGGUGCUUGAACCAAUACUCGUGAUUUCACAAUCAUUAUUGUUUUAGAUAAAAGUAGGCGUAGGAAGAUGCCACCAUCUUGAAGGGCCAGCCAGUCAUUAAUUCGCCUUACAACAGAUGAAGCCAAUGCAAUUGGUAUUUUCUGGCCAAUUCUACUUCAAGAGUUAAGGCGAAGCCACACGAUACGAGUUUCUAGUACGAAAAUAGCCGAUUCAGAUUGCAUAGCAACCGAUGAAAUCGUAAUGUGUGUCUUGUCAAUCGGCUAUUCCCGUACGAGGCAGUCGCAUUGUGUGGCGUCGGCUUUAGUGAGUCAGUGUCCUGUUGACACCAGUUAUAAAACUAGCAUAGCAGUACAAGGCACCUCCAUAGCAGACGAGCAGGCUCCCGUGAUGUUAAUUCGUGAUUAAUGAUUAGUGAUUCGUGGUUCGUGAUCAUGGUCUAUGUCACAAUGUGAUAAAUGCUCGUGGCCAUGAAAGUUAUUGAUUCGCAAUGGAUAACACAGAAAUUACUUUUUUAGGUCAAUAUUUGCACUUGAUUCAUUGUUGAUCUCCUUGUGUAGUGGCGUUAUAGACGUAUCUUUUGCUUGACCAUCAUGAACUCUUAUCGGUCAACAUGUCAUGACUGGUAGCUGUGUACUGCAACCCACCUCUACGGUGUUAUAGUUAAGCUAUUUAUGUGUAUCUUUAUUUAUUUAUGUAUUUAUUUAUUUAUUUAUUUAAAAGCUACAACAGUCGAAACUUUUUUGCACUUUAUAAUAAUUAGGGUAUGUGCUUUUAACAAAGUCACGUUCAGGAGUGCAAGCGCUCGCGGUCUCUCGUAAGACUGGUUUAUGCGCCUAAUGUUAAAUGGCUGUGAUAGGAUAAGCGAUGGUGGUACCAGUCAAUUUGUUCACGAGCGAUUGCCCUCCUGAACACGCUACUGGGUAAGAGCACGAAUAUUUAUUGAAAUACAUUUAAUAUGUUGUGCACGAAUAUUGGUUUCGUUGAUCUCUUUUUCUUUUUCUUUUCUUUACUUUUUUCCAAUUUCCCAGUUUUUCACAGAGAAACGUGCUCUACUAUAUUUAGUUUACUCAACUCAUUGAUUUUGUGGAUUUGCGGUUCUGGGAAAUUACAAACGAAUGGUGCUUUCUAAAGACUGCACGUGACAGGACGUACGUUGUGAGAGUACAACCGGCAGCGUAGCUCAGAUAUGUCGUUCAGUCUAAAUCCCCACAUAACACGUUGAGCUAUUGAUUGGUUUGCUCGAUGUAACUGCUAAUCAAAAUCUCACUUUAUUGAACAGAAGAAAUGGUCGUCUUUAUUGGUCAUCCUGGUCGAGGUUUAGUAGUACCAUUAGAAUUUGCUCUUUUAUACAUCCGGUUGUUAAAGAGCAUAUUCGAUUGUGUUGUUCUGAACAGCAUACAUCUCAUUCUAGUAUGUCACAGAACAGAUUAUUUUACGUUGGCUCAACAAGGGAUGUUACUCUUUCAUAGCAUCCUUUAUUUAAAGAGCUUGUUUGAAUUCUCAGGUUAUACGUGAACAACACGUUAUUGUAUUCCUUUAUCUAAGGUUUUUAUGUUUCGUUUUAGUUAUAGACUAGUAUUCAAAAUUGUUUAACAUGUUUAUUGGAUAUUUAUCUAUUUUUAAACAUCUUUAUUUGAAAUACAAAUGCACGGUUACAUUUUACUAGCUGCACUCGGUAGAUUACUACCGUAGUCUCGCACAGAGGGACGCUGGCUCGAAUCCUCUCGGUGGAGGCUGAUUUUCAUUUGAUGUUGAAAACAUAUAUAUUUAUUUACGUCAUCUAACAUCUCAGCUAUCAUAAUUUGUUAAUUCAUUGUUUUACUUUCUAUUAAUGGAAGCAGUGUGCAAGUUUUAAAGUUUACCCCUUUUCACUUUGGAUUUCUGCGUGUGACAUGACGGUUUUAGCACACGCUACAUUGGCAGCCACGGGCUUUUGGCUGAAAUAUGAAUUUAUUGUUGUUUUAUUAUUAUUAUUAUUAUUAUUAUUGGUCAAUGAGAAGCUUCGAAGUUCUGCACUUCGUAACAUUUGUUUUAUUAAAGGGACUGUCCGUAGUUUGUUGUCAUUUCAAAAGCUUUCGGCACACAUUUUUUUAUUAUUAUAUAUUUUUUUACAUUAUUAAAAGUAUAAUUUACUUACAUUUCUUGCUUAGAAUAUGAAUAUGAACAUGAAUAUGAAUAUCUUUAUAACUAAUACAUUUAAUUUUUACUAUUUCAGUAUCGAUUUUGUGUUUAAAAUAAUUUUGUAAGUACGAAUUUAUUAUUUCUUUCAACGGCCAAAUUAAAUUUGAAAUAAUUCGGUCAAAGAUUAUUCCAGUGUUUUGGUUAAUAUAAAAUAAAACUGUUUUUAUAAUAUUUAAUCACAUGUAAUGUGAACAUACUGAUGUUUCAGGUAUAAAUAGUAUAAAAUUGUCGACAAAUAUAUAUUAAACAUAAAUGUUUUCAAGGUGAAAAAACAACAGAAAAACAACAACUAGGAUCUGAUCCUUUAAUUACAUCAUCUAUGACGUCACCAUAACUUUCACUUUCGUUAUUAAUUUGUAUUUUCAUUCAUCGUUUUUCUUCGAUAGACCAAUUCUACAGCAUGUCGUAUUAAAAUUUGAAAUGUUAAUGUCAUCAAUAUUGAAAUAUAUUUUUUUACAUAAUUCGCAUCACUGUUGUAACUAUAAGAUCCAUAGGCUAAUGUGUUAUGGGUUCUGCUCUUUUAAAUAUUUAUAGUUCUAAAUUCAAGGCUCAAAAAUAAAGUGUGACAUUGAUUCAAAUUGAAUGACGUCAUAGUCUGGUCUCCUUAAAGACCGGAUUUCGCACAGACGACCUUCUUAAGCCAGAAUCAUACAAAUUACGAAAAUUUAAAUAUACACUCCACUUCAGCUAACAUUCGCUACCAUAAUUAUUUCCAUUAACAUUUAAGCAGCUGACGUUAGUUUAAAAUGAACGAUUUUAAAACAAAUAUUUAUAGCUCCGUAGCCAUAAUUCCAUGUGGGUGUUUUUUUUAUUAAAAGAUAAAAAAAAAAAACAUGAAAAAAAACCCCAACAACAAAUGGGUUAUAAUAAUUAGUUAGAGCCUUGAAUCUAAACUAUCGAGUUUUAUAAGAACAGAGGCCAAUUUCACAAAAGAUCGUAAAUUUACGUUUGCAACUAGCUAUUACACAUGUCGUACGUUUACAUGUGUUUGACGUAGACCUGUUUCGAGCAGAAAAUUACAUCAUUACGGAAGAUGAAGCAUUGUAAGAAAGAAAGAACAUAAAGUAUAAAAUACUAAAUGCUAAAACUAUAUUAGCGAUACUGUUAGCUGUAAUACGGAUUGUGGUUUAGUCGUAGAAUUGCGUUUACGUGCAAAACUAUAGCCCCAAGUUCAGCCAGCCUUACGUUUCACUAACGUUCGCGAACUAUUAUAUUUGACUGGUUCCCGAUGUGGACAUUUGGUUUACUGUGAAGCGCAUAAACCAGUGUAGUGGACGUGUUUUUUUUCCUGCUCGCUGUGGCUCAACUCAGAUCAACUCCGAAUUCAGACAGCAGACGUUUCACCAACGUUCGCGAACAUUUGAUUGGUUCCCGAUGUGGCUAUUUGGUUUACAGUGAAGCGCAUAAACCAGUCUAGCGAACGUACUUCUGCUCGGUCUAGCUGAACUCCGAUUAGGUUUACGCUGUUCUGUGAAAUUGGUCCCAUGCCCUGGAAUCUGGAUUUUAGUCAUUCAAGUGUUACGUCUGUGACGUAAUGACAUACGUGUUUUAUAACAUUGCGCCGCUUAUUGGUUGUGCUAAAAUCGACGAAAAAAAUAAAUCUGUCCUUUAAAAGAAGCAUCGAUGAUACAAGAAGCAUGUUACAUGCCAUGUAACAUCGUCCUAAAUAUGGCCUGUAUUUGCUUGCUGUGUUCUAUCUGUGUAUCUAUCUGUGCAUCUACCUACCUACCGAUCGAUCGAUCGAUCUAUCCAUCUAUCCAUCUAUCUAUCUAUCUAUCUAUUAUCUAUCUGUCUGUCUGUUUAUAUAUGCUUGUCUAUCUCUCUGUCU